CACCAGGAUGCUUCAAAGCCUUAUUGAAAAUGUGUGGAUCCCCAUGAAGCCCUACUGUACCCAAGUUUACCAGAAGAUUUGGGUAGGAAUAGGACUGAUGGGCUUCAUCAUUUAUAAAUUCAGGAGUGCUGAUAAAAGAAGCAAAACCUUGAAAGCUUCCAGUCCUGCACCUGCUCAUGGUAAUCAUUAACCAGCUUUCCUUGCACAAGACAUUGGUCUGACUGUGUUGAGGGAAUGUGGGACAUCAUGUUGAC